UGUGUGUGUGUGUGUGUGUGUGUGUGUGUGUGUGUGUGUCAGUGACUCCCAGGCUCCGUGGGAAAGCUCCACCACCAGUUCACUCUGCAGCCGCCUCGCAGGCCACAGUCUCGGACUAUUCACCAAACAAACUUUGCUGGAAAAACGAAUUAUUUGAAACACUUUAUUUUGGAAUCUGAAUUUCUUUGUUUGCCGGCACCAUGAAGCGGCCGUGUGAGGACAGCAGCUCAGAGGAGAGCGACGUGGAGGAGAUGAUCGAUGUCGGCUGUGAGAACAUUUAUCCAGGACACAUGAAGAUGAGGAUGAUGAGAUGUGGAUCCCCGACCACCAGCACACAAGUGAUGGCGAGGAAGAAACGCAGAGGGGUCAUCGAGAAGCGACGCAGAGACAGAAUCAACCACAGUCUGACGGAGCUACGACGACUCGUCCCCACAGCGUUCGAGAAGCAGGGUUCGGCUAAACUGGAGAAAGCAGAAAUCCUCCAGAUGACCGUCGACCACCUGAAGAUGAUGCAGGCGACCGGAGGGAAAGGUUACUUUGACGUCCACGCUCUGGCCCUGGACUUCCUGUCUCUCGGUUUCAGGGAGUGUGUGACGGAGGUUUCCCGCUACCUGUGCACCGUGGAGGCCCUGGACUCCGGCGACCCCCUGCGUUCCCGCCUCCUCUCCCACCUCACUUCCUGCGCCUCCCACUCUCCACAGCAGCCGUACCCCUUCCCUCACCCCCUCCACCCUCACCACUGGGCCGCUGCCGUCACCACCGCGGCAGGAUUUCGACAUCUUCCUGCCGCCGCGCCGUACGGGCUCCCUGUUUCCUCAGACGUCGGAGGAGGUGGAGCCCCCCAAAGGCUGGCGGAGUUAUCGCAGCGCAGUGCGGCCUCCUCUUACUCCGCCCAUGCAGACUCCACCACCUCCUCCUCUCCUUCCUCCUCCUCCUCCUCCUCCUCUUCGUCUCUUGUGCUCUCCCCUCUCUCCGCCUCGCUCCUCUCCCUCUCGGCCUCGUUUCCCAUCGCCCUCCACGCAGGUUUCCCCGUCCUUCCUCCCUCCUCUUUCACCUCCACUCCUCCCUUCUCCUCCUCCUCCUCCUCCUCCUCCUCGUCCCAGACUCCUCUCAGCAGCAGUAGACCCUACAGGCCGUGGGGAACCGAGGUCGGAGCGUUCUGACCUCUGACCUCUGACCUCCUCACACUUUCACCCCCACUGUUUGGGCUGUGACUGUUUAACCUGUUAACAUGUUGUUCACGUGUUCACCUGCUGAUUCUAUUAAAACUCUGACUGGUUGUUUCAAAAACUUUAUUCUUCUUAUUCAACCGUGUUUUUCUUCCCAUUAGAUUUACUCCACGUUUAUUAAAAUGUUUGCUGCCGUGAAAAUAAAACUACAUAUUUAUUAUUGUAAA